AUGGCUGACGACGACCUUGAGCUCAAUCUCGGCAAGAAGAAAAAGACUAAAAAAGUAAUCAAACUCGAUGACGAUGAACCGGCACCGACGGCUGAAGCUGUAGCAGAUGACUUAGGAAUCGGUAUUGGAGUCUCAAACCUUAUUGAUGCUCAACGACCCUGGCCUGAUUAUUCAUAUGAUGAAUGUUUAACCCUUGUUUUCAAUAUCAUGCGUGAGAAAAACCCGGAACUUUCCGGGGAAAAGAAGAAGUUUGCCAUGAAACCGCCAGAGGUUGCCCGAGCAGGAAGUAAGAAGACCGCCUUCUCCAAUUUCGCUGAGAUUUGUCGAUUAAUGAAACGACAGGACAAGCACGUACUUCAGUUCCUUCUCGCCGAACUUGGUACUACUGGAUCAAUUGAUGGUAACAACUGCCUCAUUGUGAAGGGCCGGUUUCAACAGAAACACUUCGAAAGCGUGUUAAGGAAAUACAUUAAAGAGUACGUGAUGUGUCAUACGUGUCGUUCCUCGGAUACUGAGUUAACCAAAGACACUCGCCUGUUCUUCCUUCAAUGUCAUACCUGUGGAUCACGUUGUUCUGUAACAGCCAUUAAAAGUGGCUUCACAGCUAUGGUCGGAAAGCGAGCAGCAGCUCGUCGUGCUGCCGAAGCCACUGCGGGAAAGUAG